AACAGCAGAGCCGAAAGGGGAGCGGUUAUCUUGUGGUCGUCGGCGAUGUCGUUAAUCUCCCGCGCCAUUCACACCCACCACCAACCCAACCUUCUCCCAAUCCCUGCUCUCAAUUUCAAUUUCAAUUUCAAAUUCAAGCAAUCUCGCAUCCACUGCACCAGCCAUGGCGAUGCCGACGUCCGGAGGAAGAUGAACACGAAACGCCCCAUGAACAACAACCCUGCUCGCAAGAAGCCUUCCUAUGGAACCUCCAGGAGGUCCGUCCUCAAGAAAAGCUUCUCCCAGGAGCAGGUGGAGUUCAAGACACCCAUUUCGAGCGAUCCUGUCGUCGGGAUUAUUGGAGGGGGCAUGUCGGGAAUUAUUUGUGCCCUUUACUUGGAGAAGAGAGGCGUCAAAUCCACUGUUUUUGACACCGGAAUUCAUGGAUUAGGGGGCAGAAUGGGAACAAGAAUUAUUGAUCCCCAGCCCUUAAUAUUUGACCAUGCAGCCCAGUUCUUCACUGUUACUGACCCGAAGUUCGCUGAGUUAGUUGACCUGUGGUCCAAGAACGGUGUUGUUCGUGAAUGGAAUGGUGUUGUCGGAGAGAUUGAAGCUGGAGGGUGUUUUGAUCCAUUUCCUUCUUCACCUCCAAGAUAUAUAGGUGUUAAUGGGAUGCGCCCACUUUCUGAAUCCAUACUAUCCGAGACUUCGAUGGUGAAUGUGGUACGCCCUUGUUGGAUUAGUAAACUGGAGCCUUAUAAUGGGAUGUGGUACUUGAGUGAGAAGGGGAAGGCCUGUGGAUGCUUUGAUGCAAUUGUUAUUGCACAUAAUGGAAAGUGUGCAAAUCGGCUUCUUGCAUCAUCUGGGUUACCACUAAUUGCUCGACAAAUGAAGAAGCUUGAAUUGAGUUCUAUAUGGGCUCUUAUGGCAGCAUUCGAGGAUCCUCUCCCUCCACUCAAGUCUGGGAUCCCUUUUGAAGGAGCAUUUGUCAAAGGGAUUGACUCUCUCUCCUGGAUGGCAAACAAUACAGCAAAACUUUUGGGUCCUCAUAUCAAUGGUCCCCAUUGCUGGACCUUCUUCAGUACAACAGUCUUUGGAAAGCAGAACAAAGUGCCUCAGGAAAGCAUUCCUUCCGGUACAGCAGAAAAGGUAAAGGAAGCCAUGCUUGAAGGUGUUGAAAGUGCUUUAGGACUACAAAAGAAUUCUCUUAAAAGGCCAUUCUACAGCAGAGUGCAAUUGUGGGGUGCAGCUCUUCCUACUAAUUCUCCCGACAUCUCCUGCAUAUUUGAUCCUCUCGGAAGAGCUGGAAUAUGUGGCGAUUGGCUGCUGGGAUCGAGCUUAGAAGCUGCAGCUUUAAGUGGAAUGGCUCUUGCUAAUCAUAUUGCUGAUUAUUUCCAAAGUGGCGGAACUUGCCCGGAUCAGUUUGCUGUAGGGUUGCAAAGUGAAUUUCGAGCUAUUGAAGGACAUGAUAUCGGGCAGUUUCCGGGAUUAGAAUCUGAAGGACAGAUAAACAAAACCCCUGACUUGCAACCUAGCAUUUGAGGUAGUUGAUAGAAUCUUGUCCAUCAGUGUUCAAAUUAUACAACUAAGAGAUUACAUGUAGAUAUCUAUUGAUCGCUCAUUAUAUGAUUCCUUUUUUC